AUAAUAAUAUCUUCUAACAUUAAUUUUGAAACUUGUUUCUCUCUAAUUUUGUUUUUUUCAAAGUGAGAUCCAAAUUUAUUUCAAGAGGUACUUACUAACAUACACAAUGGCAACAAACAAAUUUUCAUCUAUUGUGUUGCUUUCGUUGAUGGUGUUUGCUGCUAUUUUGUUGCCAAUGAUUUCAGGACAAAUGAUACCAUGUUUAGAGGGGAAUGAAGAACACUUACAUAAAAGGACAAGCAAGUACGGAUUCUUUCUCUGAGGAUGACGAGCCAGUCCAACUCCGACAACGCUCCUUUGAUCAACAGAUUUCGUCUCAUAGUGGUGGGAUGUAUCUUUCACACUGGUGGAAGAUACAUGGAAGCUUUUCUGGCUUUUAUGCCAAGUGCUGGAAUUUGGGAUGUAGAAGGUAGAGUUCGAGGAUUUGACCUGGAAAAUGGAAGAUUUCAUUUUAACUUUGAAUCUGAAGAAAAUCUUCAAAAAGUUCUAAAGAAGAGACCUUGCCAUUUCAACUUAUGGACCUUUUUCCUGGAAAGAUGGGAACUCAACUUCCAGGAGGAUCUCCUGUGCUUUGUAAACUUUUGGGUGAAGAAAACAGAUCUCCCUCUCCGCUGCUGGGUGGAGGAAGCUUUCAGAGGGAUUGGCAAUGCUCUUGGUCUUGUCUCGGAGGUGGGUGUCAUGGAGGCACGAAUGAUGGUUGCUAUGAAUGUCACAAAACCUCUAAAAUUCAAAAAGAGGGUGUUGAUAGACAAUGGAGAAGAAGUUUUAGUCACUAUCUCUUAUGAGAAGCUUUUUCUGUUUUGCUUUACCUAUCACUUGAUUUCCCACGAGGAACAUGAGGAAAAAGCUUUGGUUGGUCGCAGGGAGAGAGAUCAACGUGUUGAAUCCAGAAACUAUGAGGUUAGACGGAGUGCAGGUCGAGACUCCGGGCUCAAAUCUGGUCUAGAUGCACCUCGUAUAACAACAGUACAAUCCUCUCAAAGUGAAAAGCCACUUGCAAACCGCAGUGUGAGGAAAAAUCUCUACUUAUCAAAAGAGGCUCCUCGGAAUGAACCAAGCUUGGAACAUUGGAGAAGCUCUCGUCGCCCUCCUCGUCACCACUCAAAUCGCUUUAUCGUGGAUCUAGCAGCUCUGCCUGCUAAAGAUAAAGGGAAACAAAAGAUGACGGAGGUGGAAAACGACCCAAUGAAUCGAAAUGAGGAUGAUGAUAUGGAAAUUACAAAUCUGAUCCUCAUGAAUUCGGUUCUGGAUCUAAGACUGUCAGAUCCAAUGAAAAGCUACUCGACCAAUCUGUUCCCCCCCCCCCAAGCUGAAAAAUCUACGCCAAUCAGCUUUGAAGCUACUCCUCAUGAGACGGAACUCCCUGUCACGAUGGUGGAUGUCACAUCACAGGAUAUAGAUGGUGUACCUAAUUGGAUGGAGGACGACGAUGGCCUAGCAGACUGGGUGGAGGAUGAUAACGGCUUGUCUGAUUGGGCAGAGGAAGAUAACCUAGACAUGAUUGCUGACGAGAAUCAGGUGAUCCAGUGCACUCAAGGUGGUGACUCUAUCCCAUCUGAUUGGGAGAAUCUGGCUGAGGCAUAUGUGGAAUUAGAGAAAGAGCUUACUGAGGAGGACUUUAGAUUGAUAAAGGAGCUAGAGAAUCAAAUGAUUUUUGAUGGUUUGCUCGACAACGAUGAUUUGCUCAGAGAGGAAAUGAUGGGAGGUGAACCAGAGGGGAGAAUUGAAGCCGAUGACAGCCAGGAAAGUACGAUUUCGAAGUAAGUAAUUCACAUAUCUCUUCGGAUGGAGGAGAUUCCGGCGACAUCAUAGUCUCCCUCGAGUAAAAGCAUUAGAUCUCU